AUGGCCCAGCCAGCUGGUGGCCUCUGGUCCACUUUUGGCUUCCAGUGCUGCCUUUUCUUCCUGCUAGCUUCUUGGGAGUUCGCACAGAGAUCUCCAGACCUCCCCAGAUCUACAGAAAGCCAGAAGCCCAAACGCCACUGCAGCACCACCCGCAGCUCCAAGCCAGUUCACAAUCCUGAAACCAUAGGCCACAAAAAUGCAACAAUUCAUCAUCACACUUCUGAACAAAACAUCAGUAGCCAAGGACAAGACCCAAUGAGCCGCAGUGGACGCUCUAUCAAUCAUGCUACCUCCCCUACCACCCGGAAGUCACCACCUGUCAAUUCAGAGAUUAACAUGAAAAUAUCACAUAGGACUCCAAGAACCCCAGGAAAAUCAGAAGUUGCUAAAGAUGACGGGACUACAAGUGCCUCAGACAGGCCUCUCAUAAGGACUACAGAACCCAUCAAAGAGAUCACAUCAGCCAAUGAGAAGGUCACAGGAAGCCAUUCAAUAACUACAAGGCAUGUAGAAAGGGUCACAUUGGCUGGUGAGACCACAAAAGCCCACCCAAUGCCUACGGUGGAGCAUGAAGAAACCACAUUGGCUGGUGAGACCACAAAAGCCCACCCAGUGCCUACAGUGGAGCAUGAAGGAGAGACCACAUUGGCUGGUGAGACCACAAAAGCCCACCCAGUGCCUACGGUGAAGCAUGAAGGAGAGACCACAUUGGCUGAUGAGGCUACAAGAACCCAUGCAAUGCCUGUAGAGCAUGGAGGAAAGACCACAUUGACCCAUGAGAAGAUCACACAUGUCUCAGAAAAUUCUACAGCAUAUCCAGAAGAGACGACAACCCCAGAGAAAGCUACAAGAAUCAUAGAAAAUCCUACCAUAUACCCAAAGAAUACCACACUAACCACAAAGAUGGUAAAAACCUCAUUAAAAUCCACAGAAAACCCAGGAAAAACAGAAGUCACAGAAACUACAAGGCCUCCAGUCAAGAUUACAGGAGACAAAUCCAGCCCUACUACCUGUCUUUACGUCAACAAAACUGAGAUUACCCAUCAAGUACUCAGUGGUUCUUCAGAACUUACCACAAGCUCCAUCCUUUCAAAAACCCCAGGCAACCAGAGCCUCCCAUACCCCGAUAUUGAUGGCUCACAGGGAGGUCUCCACGCUGGAGUGACAAGGGAGAAUGAUUCAUUCCCUGCAUGGGCAAUAGUUAUUGUGGUCCUAGUGGCUGUGAUUCUCCUGUUGGUAUUCCUUGGCCUGGUCUUCAUGGUCUCCUGUAUGACUCGGGCACGCCAUACACUGACCCGGAAUGCUGAGGACAAUGACCCAGAGGACAAUGAGGGGCCCAAUUCCUACCCUGUCUACCUGAUGGAGCAGCAGAACUUGCAAAUGAGCCAAAUCCCUUCCCCACAGUGA